UUCGGAAAUUUCAGUGUUUCCUAGUUACGACUAUCACGUGAACGCGGCAACGGGAGGAGAAACACACAUGUGUUGUAGCGGUUCUUAUUAUACCUCCGCGGUCGUAGCUGGACAAACAUUUAUACAAACGAAUUUAAUCCACAUAACAUUGAAGAAGAGGCGCCACCUACAUCAUGAAUGAUUUUGGAAGCUACCCUCCGCCGAACUUUGUCUCUCCUCCUCCGGGUUCGAUGGUGAGUCCGCCAACGUUCCUUCCACCUCCGAGCAACUUCCAGCCCGGUAUGUGGAACUGGUACGAGCCACCGUCCGAGCCGUGGAGAUACAACGGCCAGGGAGAACACUGGAACUGCGGCCCCGGACCAGGUCGACCCAGAGGCUCAUAUGGCCAGAACUUCCAUCGUGGACACGGAGGCGGAAGGCAGGACUAUGGUCGUCCCAACAACCAUGGGAAAAAGAAAAAUAAAAAAGAACCAGAGUUUUCACAUUUCUGUGACCCGUGUGACCGAGGAUUCAAAAACCAAGACAAGUAUGACCAACAUGUCUCUGAACAUGUCAAGUGCUCAGUUGAAGACUGCAGCUUCACUGCUCAUGAGAAGCUGGUCAACAUUCACUGGAAAAAUAACCAUGCCCCAGGGGCAAAGAGAAUCAAGCUGGACACUCCAGACGAGAUUUCUAAAUGGAGAGAGGAGAGGCGCAGGUCAGUACUGUAGUAUGUUUUUAAACAUGGUAAAACUUUGUUGUAAGAUCCAGUCACUCAUCAGCAAUGCUUUUGUUUCCUCAAUUUCUCUUGAAAUGACUACUUCUGGAUUAGAUCUGAUUCUGUGGUCCAUAUGAACAAUGUGCUGUUACCACCAGUAUCGGGGCCUAAUAUUAACACCUGCCAAAUUUGGGUAGAUUCUGGCAGUAGUAAGAUGUCUAUUUUACCAGCCA